AUUGCCAAAUGUUUGACAUUCAAUAGCCGAUGAUUAAUAAAUUAAUGUGCUCUAGUGAUGUCGUUAAACAAAACAGACUUUAAACAAACUAUGUGUUAGUUAUAAGUACAUUUUAAAAACGUUUCUGUCUUCAAGCGCAGAUUUAGGAGGAGGGCCAAGGGGUUGUGUAAUUUUUUUUUUCUAUUUUUUUUUUUUUUUUUUUCCUUUUUGUAUAAGGUGAGGAAUCACUUUAUCAAUGUCACCAGCUCACAUUACAUUAAUGUCAAGGAAGUCCUCCCCGACAAACACCUAGAUCCGCGCCUGGUCUCCUCUCCCUUCGUUGGGUACAGCCUUGUUAAUGCAUGUUCUGUAAAAUAUAGUUUUUCUAGUCAUAGGCAUCGGAAGAAUGAUGUCAUCAACUGGGGGCGGGAUGGAAGCAUUAAUUCGCCUUUCAGAUGGGGAGUGGGUUGCGGCAAUGUAUAAUUUUUAAAGUUGGGGCAGUGCCGCCGCCCCCCCCCCCCCCCCUAUUCCACCACACCAACUUCCGACGUCUAUGUUAGCAUAUAUUAAACUAUAAGCAUGUUUUGUUUAUCUUCAUCACUUUCUGUCGUUUUCUCAUUCUCUGUGAAUUCUUCACUCUUUGAAGGCGUAGGUAACUCGGUACAAUGUCCGCUCCUAAACUGCGGAUUCGUACCGUGUCCAAAUGGCGUCAUGACGGACAUGCGCGGUUGUGGAACCUGUAUGUGUAAACCCACAUAUCGACCAAUCAUGCUUGUGCCUGUUAAAUGUGAAUCUCUCAAAUGCACGACGAAAUGCACGGGUGGACGACAGCGAGACAAUCGAGGCUGUGAGACCUGCAAGUGCAAGCAAAGUGGAUUCGGCAACACGAUGGGCAUGAACAUGAUGGGGAUGAACAACAUGGGCAUGGGCAAUAUGGGAAUGGGCAACAUGAUGGGAAUGGGCAACAUGGGAAUGGGCAACAUGAUGGGAAUGGGCAACAUGAUGGGGAUGGGCAACAUGGGGAUGGGGAUGAACCAGGGCAGUUUCCUGCAGUCUCGCUGUCGGUUCCGGCCGUGCAGACUGACCUGUCCCAUGGGAUACCAGAUCGAUCAAGUCGGCUGUAAGAAGUGCGCAUGUCGGCAGUCUUUUGGAGGAGGGGGAUUCAACAUGGGGGGAAUGAACAUGAUGGGCGGAUUUGGACGGGGUAAGGGUAUGGGCGGAUUUGGGAGAGGUAUGAAUGGUAUGGGCGGAUUUGGGGGCGGCAUGAUGGGUGGAUUCGGGGGAGGUAUGGGUGGAUUCGGGGGAAUAUGGGUGGAUUCGGGGGAGGCAUGA